AUGGCUCCCCAACCCGGAGCUGAAGCAAAAGCGAGUCUGGCACCCGCUGCUGAACCAGUGCAUCUCGAUCUCCACGGCAAUGUCUUCGAGCUGCCCCAGUACACCAUGAAGGAGAUCUACGAUGCCAUCCCCGCCUGGUGCUUCAAGCCGUCCAUUCUGCGUUCCAUGGCGUACGUCGUGCGCGAUUACUUCUACCUCUCCGUCCUCGUCUACCUGGCCGUCACCUACAUCCCUAUGCUGCCGUCCCCGUACCUCCGCUUCGCCGCCUGGGUAGCGUACACUACCGUGCAAGGCUUCGUCUUCACCGGCAUCUGGAUCCUGGCACAUGAGUGCGGACACGGCGCCUUCUCCAAGAACAAGCACCUGAACUACACCAUGGGCCUGAUCAUGCACUCCUUCCUGCUCGUGCCGUUCCACAGCUGGAGACUGAGCCACAGCCAGCACCACAAGGCGACGGGCAACAUGGAGCGGGAUACGGCCUUCGUGCCACACAGCCGAGACUCGUGGAUCAAGUCGCAGUUCGGGGCCAAGGCCUCCGCCAGCAUGGUGGAGUUCGCGGAGCUGGCCGAGGAUUCCCCCAUCGCUGCUCUCUGGCAUGACCUCGUGCACCAGUUGUUCGGUUGGCCUGGAUACCUUCUCUUCAACCUGACGGGUCAGAAGUACAACGGUGCAAAGGGAGCCAAGAUCUCGCAUUUCUACUACGGCGAGGACAGCGUGUUCUUCAAGAAGCACGAGCUCCCGCUGAUUAUGCUGAGUGAUGCCGGUGUCGCGCUCAUGAUUGCUGCACUCUUUGUCGCGGGCCAGAUGUUCGGCAGCUGGAACGUCAUCGUGCUAUGGGGUGUCCCGUGGCUGUGGGUUAACAAUUGGAUUGUGGCCAUCACCUUCCUCCAACAUACCGACGCCACCAUGCCCCAUUACGACAACAAGACCUGGAACUUUGCUCGCGGCGCCACCGCCACCAUCGACCGCGACCUGGGCUUCAUCGACACGCACCUCUUCCACGACAUCAUCGGCACGCAUGUCUGCCACCACCUCAUCUCCACGAUCCCCUUCUACCACGCCGGCGAGGCCUCCAAGCAUAUCAAGCGGGUGAUGGGCAAGCACUACGCCUCCGAUCUGGAGACACCUUUCUGGACGGCCUUCUUCCGCAACCAGCGCAGCUGCAAGUUCGUCGAGGAGACGGAGGGUGCCGAGGGCUCGGGCGUCUACAUGUUCCGCAACCUGUACAACCGUGCCGGCGAGACGCAGCCGAAGAAGCUGGUUGAGGCGCCCAAGGCGGACGAGUGCAAGGAGAAGAGCGCGAUGGCGAGCGCAAUGGCCAGCUCGCGGAACCUCGAUGCCCGGAGGCGCCUGUCGCAGAGUGCGCAGCUGGCUAACCUGCCACUGCUUGCUGACGGCUAG